AUGGCAAACAUAAGCGGCCAGUCAAACUUUGACAUAUUCCAGCAAGUUCUUCGUAAAAUUGACAAGGGACAAUCAUCUGGCAAGAAAGUAACGCCAAGACUUGAAUCAGUAGAGCUGUCGGAAAUUGUACAGGAUGACAUACCAUCUAGCAUAAGGUCGUUUAAUUCUCCGAGGGAGAGAGAUAUUUUGCCUUUUAUUCGGCAGACAACCCGAUGGGACCACGAAUUGCGUCACAAAAUUGAGCUAUUAGAGGUGCCAGACAAAGAUUGGACGACAUGGACAAAUGUAGACACGGAGAAAAUGCUAAGAUCUUAUAUUCGGCAUCAAAGGGUGUUUUCUAGGUCGGGAACGAAAGUCACCGAUCAUCUAGUGUUCUUUAAUGCUUCAGAAAUCAUACCAAGAGAACUUUGGGACUUGGGCAAAACAAAGGGUCUACGGAACUCAAGAUUUACUCAUCGGGAUAAGUCUGAUUCAUCUUCGGAAGAUGAUUUCUACGGGUACCAAAUUCAAACUCGAAAGAUUGUGAUUAACCACGAACGCUACCGAGACUUGUUCUUCGAAAUCGUGGAUAUCAAGAAGAAUACUCCAUCAACGCUAUCGAUAUCUGCCAUCAAGACUUUGGAGGCACUCGACAAAUUUAUCGACCAUGUUUUCCCCGGUGCCAGAAAGCUUUUUGGAAAAGAAUAUCAGGGCAUACAAAUACCGUAUUCUCAUAUAUGGGUAUUCUUUAAGCCCGGAAGAAUCAUUUACGAGAAGCGCCUAAUCCCCCCCCUCAACGAACCGUACGAGCAAUGUUUCCGGGUGAAAAGGGCUGGUGAAUAUGCUAGUCGUUGCGACGGAAGCAGCGUCUUUCGGCUGCUUGUAGAGGAAAUCAUUUCUGUGCUGGGAAGUGGAGAGAGCCCAGGCAAUCGACUCGUUUUAACGAGUCGACACAUACGGGAAUAUAAUGGCUUGCGAGAUAUUACGACCGAGGACAUAGGCAUUGUCCCUUUGAGCAUUAUUCCCAAGGAAAAGCAAAGGGAGAUUUGUACUGCCAUUUCACAAAGAAGCCGUCAAUUCCUCCACCUCUCAGCUAUGCCUUUCAGCGUUUGGAACUACAAAGGACCGGUAGAGCUUCUUACCCAGAUCACAGGACAGGUCACAAUGGAAGACACGAAUCUGUCAAUGGCGGGGAGGGCGUGGCAAAGGCACACCCACGAGAAUGUGGUCAUAGACCUAAAAUCUUCGACCAAUUACCUUAAUCAUCGCUUUCCGGGAUGGCUCCAUAGCUUUCACAAUUCAGAUAAUGACACAGAAAAGAAGAUUUGGCCCCAGAUAUCGGGCAUGGAACCCGGCGGGGAGCCUGAUUCAGAAGCUGGAGGCUACAUGGAGCAUUUUCUUUUAAUAUGUCGAGGUUAUCUACCAGGAUACCUAAUAUCCUCGAUGAUCUAUGCAGUCAAUAUUCUGGUUAGCGAGCUGCGCCAGCCUGUCUGGGAUCACCAGCAUCGGUGGGGGCCAGUGGCCAUGUCGUGCCCCGAUGAAUCUCGUUGGUAUACACUCUUACAAGGGUAUUUCGAAGAAGAAGAAGAAGAAAUGCAGACGAAACUCGCCCGGCGUCAAACGAGAGGUUCUGGUCUGGUACUUGUAUUGCAAGGGUCGAAAAUCUUGACAAGAAUAGUGGCGAACAAUAUCUCUACCAAAUUGAAAAGACCACUAGUUUCCCUGAGCCUUACAGAGGAUGGCCAACGACUUUUAGAGGCUUCGAACGAAUCGCUCAGAUGGGGUGGACUUCUACAUAUAGACCAGCACGAAAUUCACAAUAGCCAACAACAGGCUAGAGAACUGGCCAGACACUUUUCGCUUUAUCCUAGCGUUGUGUUGGUGACAUGCAACGAUGCAAUUGAGCUAGGAACAGCUUGUGAAGGCGAGAUCGAUGGUGUUAUCGCGUGUAACACAUCUUCGGGUAACCCAAUACUAGAAGUGUGGAAGACAUAUCUCGUUACAGAACUACCAGAACUCACUGUGCCGAUCUCGGAACAGCGUCUCAAUGAUGCUUGUCGAAUCUUGGCGCAGCUUGAGCCUAAGGAGAGCCGUAUGGGAAAAGUUUUGAAGACGGCUAAAAGAAUAGCCAUAGCCGAGAGGAGCGUGGUCAGCUUUGGUCAUAUUUUUGCUGUGAUUCGGUCGUCCCUAUCUCUAGCCAAACUUGAGGAGGUCAAGGAUAUCCUGGCGGCUGGUGAUGGACUUGGAUGA